CCUUUUUGCUUUUCCUUAUCAAUCCAAGCCACAAUUAUAUAUUGAAUGAAUUUCCGUGUAUCGUGACAGCCAGACCACUCUGUCACUUAAUCUUAGAAUAAAUGAUCAUAAUCAUGAUCAUUCUUUUUUUGAUAAGAAUCAUCAUUCAAUUAUUAUUAUAAAAUCAAACUUGCCAUCCAGCACCCAAUUUACGCGGAAUCGCUUUUGGCUUUUGCUCAUUCCCGCGUUCAUUUUCUUGUUGGGACCCAUUUGCUUCUAUUUCUUAAACACCCUUUGGAUUUCAUAAAUAAAUAAAAAACUCUAAUUUUGAUAUUUUCAGUGUGAUUAUUUUUUUUAACUUUUUCAAGGGUCAAGUGUCAGAGGUGAAACUUUUUUGUGGGGUUUGAAAUUGUCUGUACUUUAUAUAUUUCUGAUAUUUCUCAAUCAUUGUGUGGAUGACAUUUUGAAGCUGAAUGUGAUAAUAUUGAUUAAUAAACCUUUUCUCACUUUUGUGCUUACACAGAUUUUUCUGAUUUUCUCAUUGUGGCAUGGUUGUUGAAAUUUUGGCCUAAAAGAUCCUAGAUACUGAUAGCUUGAAGUUUCCCUCUAUCAUGGAGAGAAGAUCUCCUCCUCUGGUGAACCAAAAAUGCACAUCGCGGAUGUUUGGAAUCUUUAAUUUUCGUGAAGCUCAUUCCGAUGAAACAUUGGUUUCCGAUAGGCGCCAUUUGAAUAAACACGCCGGUGGAAAUGGAAAAUCCAGAAUUAGUUCAGAUGUGCUUAGCACAGUUGAUGAAAAGUACCCUCAUGCUGAUGUAACUUCGAGAAGAAGAAGAGGUUAUAGUUGUAAGAGUAUCUGUGUGGAGAAUGAUCAGAUAGUAAAUUUGGAAAAUGAAGCAACAAAAAUGAUUGUUAACCAGAGAUUUUUCGACAAAAAUUCUCAAGGCAAAGAUGGUGGUCCAGACUCUCAGCCUAAUCAAUUUUUGGAUGCUGUACAGAUUUUAUAUUCAAACAAGGAACUUUUCACAAAACUUCUGCAAGAUCCAAACUCACUAUUGGUAAAAAAGAUUCAUGGCUUACAGAAACCUCAAGUAAAAGCUGAACAAAAUGGAAUGAACAGCUUGAAUAAAGAUCAAAACAGUAGUGAUUUUGAUAGGUGCAAUUUGAGUAAAGAUUGCGAGUCACGGUCCUCUAAAAGAAUAGUAGUUUUGAAGCCUGGCACAAAUAAUGUGAAAAAAUUUGCUGACAAUAAAGAUGCUCGAAAUAUGAAGCCUUCACAGUUUGCAUUUGGCGGUAUAAAGAGAAAGUUGAGAUAUGUCAUGAGAGUAUGGAAAAAAGAGCAGCAGUGGAUGGCAACUGAUUCGGCGUCAAGUAAAUUUCGCUGCUGUUCACAGAACUUGGAAGAUGAUAAAAAUGUAAAAAAAUUGGACAUUGCUGUAAGAAAUUCGCUAAAUAAUGUCCAUGUUAGUACUGGAAAGAAUUUGAAGGAUUCCAAGUUGAAGGACCCUAAGUUGAGUGUGAGACAGGAAGUUGCUUCUCAGCAAAAUAAAUUGACCAUGAAGGACCAAGGUGCAAAAGUUACAUCUCACAACAAACACCAAAUGGUUCUUAAAACAUUUCAUAGAGAUGGCGAAAGUUGUUCUUAUACAAGUUCUUCUUCUCAGAAAAUCAAGGAUCCACCAGUAGUAUCUUUUAGUGAUGAGUUACAGGUUUUUGAUGCGGCAGAUAUUUGUGUCAAUUCGAAUCUUCCUGUUGACAAUUUGCAUGCACAUUACGAUAUUCCAAGAGAUGGAUUACUAGUACAAGUUGCACAUGAUAAAUUUAAAGAGAACAACCUUGCAGACCGUGUAACAUCCUCUUUGGAUCCAAUGAGCAGCUCAAAGGACAUCAUGAGGGAAGUUCUGCAGGCUUUCAUCUUGAAAUGUGAUGAACCUGUAAAGAGUCAUUUAUCAAACCUAUUGAUGGAUUCAUCCACUUUUGAUGAACUGAAGGGAUUAACUGAUGAUCUUUCUUGCAGUACAAUCCUGCAUGACUGUAUCAUCGAAUGUUUCAUGGAGUUAUACCAAAACUGUGGUUUCCAAUCUCAUUUUUCAUCAAGAAAUCCAAACUUUCAAUCAUGCGUUGCGAGGAAAAUUUUGGUUAGAGAGAUUAAUGAACUUGUUAACCUGCACUUUUAUCCUCAUCCACCAAUAAAGUUACAAGAACUUGUUGAAAGGGACUUAGCAAGACGUGGAUCAUGGUUGAAUAAUAUCCAAGUUGAUGUAGAAGACAUUGCAAUUGAGGUGGAGAAAGAUGUUUUGGAAAAACUGGUUUUAGAAAUAGUCUAUGAGAUGGAUAUCAGAGACUUGAUACAUUGCAAUUAACCUAUGUCUAAAUCAAAGUCUUGGAUUGAAGAAUGCAGGGCCAUUUUCCUUAAGUCCCGUAGAAGAUGAAAUAUCAUAUUUUAAUUUCUAAUAUACAUUAUAUUCCUUCCGUCCCACAAUAAUCACAAAUAUAAUUGUCCCAAAACUAUUGGCACAUUACAGUUUUCAAUGUGAUAUUAUUUAUAUUUUUUUUUC